AAGUGGCUGCGGCGCAGCGCGGGGCCCAGAGCCGGCUCGUCGCGUCGACUGCCCAGAGUCCGCGGCCCGGGCGCCCGCAGGUGAGGGGGCCGGGAGCCACCUGGAGGAGCGAAGCGGCCAUGGCCUACCACAGCUUCCUGGUGGAGCCCAUCAGCUGCCACGCCUGGAACAAGGACCGCACCCAGAUCGCCAUCUGCCCCAACAACCAUGAGGUGCACAUCUACGAGAAGAGCGGGGCCAAGUGGGCCAAGGUGCAUGAGCUCAAGGAGCACAACGGGCAGGUGACAGGCAUCGACUGGGCCCCUGAGAGUAACCGCAUCGUGACCUGCGGCACAGACCGCAACGCCUAUGUGUGGACACUGAAGGGCCGCACGUGGAAGCCCACCCUGGUCAUCCUGCGGAUCAAUCGGGCCGCCCGCUGCGUGCGCUGGGCCCCCAACGAGAACAAGUUCGCCGUGGGCAGUGGCUCCCGCGUUAUCUCCAUCUGUUAUUUCGAGCAGGAGAAUGACUGGUGGGUGUGCAAGCACAUCAAGAAGCCCAUCCGCUCCACUGUUCUCAGCCUGGACUGGCACCCCAACAACGUGCUCCUCGCUGCAGGCUCCUGCGACUUCAAGUGCCGGAUCUUCUCAGCCUACAUCAAGGAGGUGGAAGAGCGGCCAGCACCCACACCAUGGGGCUCCAAGAUGCCCUUUGGGGAGCUGAUGUUUGAGUCCAGCAGUAGCUGUGGCUGGGUGCACGGCGUCUGCUUCUCAGCCAGCGGGAGCCGCGUGGCCUGGGUCAGCCAUGACAGCACUGUGUGCCUGGCUGAUGCUGACAAGAAGAUGGCCGUCGCAACCCUGGCCUCUGAAACACUGCCGCUGCUGGCGCUGACCUUCAUCACAGAAAACAGCCUGGUGGCAGCGGGCCACGACUGCUUCCCUGUGCUGUUUACCUACGACGGAGCCGCGGGGACACUGAGCUUCGGUGGGCGGCUGGACGUACCCAAGCAGAGCUCGCAGCGCGGCUUGACAGCCCGCGAGCGCUUCCAGAACCUGGACAAGAAGGCGAGCUCCGAGGGCGGCGCGGCGGGCGGCGCCGGCCUGGACUCGCUGCACAAGAACAGCGUCAGCCAGAUCUCGGUGCUCAGCGGGGGCAAGGCCAAGUGCUCACAGUUCUGCACCACUGGCAUGGACGGUGGCAUGAGCAUCUGGGAUGUGAAGAGCUUGGAGUCAGCCUUGAAGGACCUCAAGAUCAAAUAACCCGUGAGGAAUGUUGCCUUCAUCCCAGCUGCUGGGGAAGUGGGGCAAGGGGGUCAGGGAGGUAAGGGUUGCUUUGCUGAAUGUUUCUAGGGUACCAGUAUGGGUCCCCACAGGGGCUGCUCCCUCCAAAGGGGAGGACACAGGCCUCAAGCAGGGGCUUUGUAGAUGUCUUACCUAUUCAAGGAAUAUGUGCCUUUUUCUUAAAGAAAUGCUUUGAUUUAUUGUAAAAAAUGCCCCCAAAGCACUGUGCUGGUCAUGAACUGCUUCAAAAUGUGGAGGUAAUAAAAAUGCAAUGGUG